AUGGCAAUGUGUGAAGGCUGGGGACAUAUGAACAAGAAUAAUAAAGUUGCAAACAAAGAAGGACUUGUUACGUUUCCACGUGGUUCAGAGAAUGAGCAAUAUGCUAUACGAUUGGCACUUAUUGGACAUUUGUAUCAAGUUUUUGCCACAUUUGAUGCUGAACCAAUCCGUUCAAAACAACCAGUUUCGCCAUUUGCUGUGCAAGAGGAUAAGGCACUAGAUGAUGUACUACUGCGUCUUUACAGUAUUGCCCGUCCCGAACAACCGCUAUCCUCAAUGGUUGCACUAAAAAAG